CUCCCUCCCUCCCUCUCUCACACACGCACGCGCACAUAAAGACACAAAAAUGGGGAUUCCCAGCUUUGUUGCAGUGAAGAUGCCAAAAUGUUUUUGUUUCAAAUUCCUGGUAGAGCUUCUCACUUUCAUCAAGUUGGUGUUUCUAUUGACUCUAACCAUUCUACGUAUGUUCAAGCCGCCUGAACUGCUUUACAAUUCCGAUCAAGAUCAAGAUACCACAGAGGGUUAUGUUCUUUUAAUGGAUGAACUUUGUCCAUCACCAAUUCCAGUCCCAGUUUCCACUCUUGCAAGACUGAUCAAGAAGAAACUGAAAGUGAUAGCAUACAGCAGUUUACUUGAAAGAUCAGGGAAGCUUGAAGAUGAUCAAGAGAGCAUAUGUCCUGUCUGCUUGGACUGUAUAGAAGGAAGAGAUGAAGUCAGAGAACCAUGCAACUGCUCUCAUGUGUUUCAUCUAAAAUGCCUAGAUAGUUGGGUGGAUCAAGCUCAUGUCACCUGCCCUACCUGCAGGUCCAUGCUGUUUCCAAAGAAGGUGGGAGCUGCUGCAAUGUAUUUACUUGCUUUUCAAGAUUCUCUUACGGAUGAACAAGUUAGCUGAAGUAGCAAAACCAGGGGCUACUAUCCCAAAAUUUCUCUCCAUCUGUAAAAUAAUUAUUUUCUUUGAUCUAAUUUAUGCAUCUUGGAUAUUACUCUCUUUCUUUCUUA